GAGGACAUGAACUGAGCUGAAGUCGCUCGGGACGGACAGCUUCUUAUCUCGUAGACGGCGUCAUGCUGCAUCUUUCGCGCCCCCUACUGGCCGCCUGCCUGUACCUGCUGCUGCCCUGGGGCCAGGGCAGGACCUUCGGCUACAACAACGGGUUUCACUACCAGGACAUCAGCAACGGGGAUGGAAAUGGAGAGAUUUAUUUCAGUGGGAUUCGCCUCCGUGUGGAAUCGCCCCAGCAUUUGGUCUCGGCCACCAGGGGGAGCAGCGUCACCCUUCCCUGUCACUACCGCUAUGAACCCGAACUGACCGCGCCGCGCAGGACCCGGGUCAAAUGGUCCUGGUUACCCGCCAGCUCCAUCACCACGAACGAAGCCUUCGCCUUGGAAACUGAAGUUAUGGUCGCCAUGGGCAACCGCCAUCGCAGCUACGGCAGCUUCAAAGGCCGAGUGCGCCUGCGUCGCUCGGCUCCAGGGGACAUGUCUCUGGUGAUAAAUGAGCUGCAGCUGAACGACACCGGGCGGUACCGCUGCGAAGUGAUCGAUGGCCUAGAGGAUGAAAGCGUGACGGUGGAGCUGGAGCUGAGGGGUGUUGUGUUCCCCUAUCACUCUCCGAAAGGACGCUACCAUCUGAACUUCUUUGGUGCCCAACAAGCGUGCCUGGAUCAAGAUGCCACUCUGGCUACGUUUGAGCAGCUCCUCUCGGCCUGGGAGGACGGGCUGGACUGGUGCAACGCCGGCUGGCUGGCCGACGGCACCGUGCAGUACCCCAUCACCGCCCCACGGCACGGCUGCGGAGGUGAAAGCUCGGCUCCGGGACUCCGCAGCUAUGGACCAAAACACCGCCUCUUCCACCGAUUUGACGCUUUCUGCUUCUCGGCCUCCAUGAAGGGGAUCGUUUACCACUUAAACUACCCGAGAAGGCUGAAUUUCACAGAAGCAGCCCAUGCAUGUGCCAGAGACGGGGGCCGGGUCGCCAAAGUGGGCCAGCUGUACGCCGCCUGGAAGCUGAAGGGACUGGACCGCUGCGACGCAGGCUGGUUGGGCGAUGGGAGCGUGCGUUAUCCCAUCACAAACGCCAGGGCUAACUGUGGCCCGUCACAGCCAGGGGUGCGUAGCUUUGGGUUCCCAGCUCCACACAUGAAAUUUGGCGUGUACUGCUACCGACUUACGACUUACGACGAACCUGGAUCCAAAUAGGCAAGAAGACAGUUCCUGUAUCUCUUUAAUUUUUAAAACGGACAAGGUGACCUUUAAAAGAUUUUUAUUUCAAUGACUGGUGAAACAUCUCUGGGACAAUGCAGAAAAUCAUCCGACCCCCCGCCCACAAAAAUCUAGAAAUGUUUACAUCUUCUUUGUGGAAAAUUUCCACCUCGGCUAUUGGAGCAGCACUACAAAUACUUGCUUUUAUCAUUCACAUUAACACCAGUCAGUGGCAGCUGCUUGAUAGGAUAUUAUUACAGUUUUACCUUUCGUCCACAGAUUUCCACACUGUGUUUGUUUGGGACUAUAUGGGCGCUGUCUUUUAAAGAAUUGCUUUAGCAUGUGUCUGUGGUAAAGCUACUGUGGUAAAAGUACGAAUGACAAAACCACUCUGUUGUAAUAUAGAAAAUUACCUUGUAAAAGAAGAAUCCGACCUCUUGUCAAACGCAUGCCCUUUUUUUGUAUUGUCUAUGCAUUUGUGAUAUUUUCUAUGAAUAAAAACCCUUCUGUAAAUAUUUACUUGCAAAUAUAUUUAAACAAGAUUCUACAAAACUCAUUUAUCCCCUUUGUGUUAGCCCGAUAUGCUAAUCACGCCGACUGUUUUUGCUUGAAAAAUGAAAACAAGACGACAAAAUUGUGGCACAUAUUUAAAUUGAUUGAUGCUCCUAAUUUCCAGCGCCCUCUGAAUUCCUCCCUCACAAAACCCACAAAACUCACAGAACCAGAAACUAGGAAUAGAACACAAAACAGGCCACAACUCACCGUCAAAGUACCAAAGAAGAACGGGGCCAAUUAAAAAAAAACAACAAAAAAAACAGUUCUGACCUUUUUCUCAGGAUUCUAUGUAGGUAUCAGGGCCAUUUUAGGUGGAAAAGGAACACUAAAUUUAUACCUACAAGCUCAUAAAUUUUUAGAUUAAUCUCAGAAAUUUUUUAGAAAACAAACUUUAAAAUGUCAGACUUUUGGAAAUGCUGCAUAUUCAAAAGUUUAUGCUAGAAAACCUCUGAGAUUCUCAAAAUUAGAUUUUUUUUUCUAGCAAUAUUUUUAAGCUAAAAUUUUCAAGUUUUUUUCUAUAAAAUUUCCAGGACUAAUCUCAGAAUAUUUUUUUCUCUAGCAAAUUUCAACUAGGAGCUUAGAAACGUCCUUGCUUUUCCUAGAAAACUUUCUCAAUUUAUUCCCUUCUUUCUGCAGUGGCCCUAAUACACAGUAUUCUGACUUUAAUUUCAGAAGUAAACGUUACAAUUGUGAGGAUUAAAAAGUCAUUUUUCUAAUCCGGUGGCCCUAAUCCUUGUCUGUAUGAAAGAGACUAAAAUACAAAGACAAAAAAGGAGCUCAGAGACGGGAGCGAGAGAAAACAGGAAGUAAAGAGGACACGGCGUUUCCAAAGUAAAACAGGACGAGGAACGUUACACCUACCUGUGCAGAACACACCUUUACAUUUCAAUCUACAGCAUUUUCCUCAGUGACUAGAACGAUGAAUAAACAACGUAAAUCGGUGUAAACCUGCUGCCAUGCAUGACCUCAUAUCUCAGCACGCCUCUCCCCAAAGACGCAGCACCGCAUCCGCACAGAGCCGCUCUGUUCACGGGCGCUGCCGCCAUAAAGGUAGUCACUGUAGCAGCCGAUGAAGGAGCCAUUUAUUACGUGUUUUUUGUUUUUGUUAUUUUUUUUCAUGGUUAAGUCGCACCGGAAGGUCAAAAGAAAACAAACAAAUAAAAGUCCGGUUUGUGCUUCAGUCUACCUGAAAUGUCGCAACUUCAAGGUUAACCGUUUCUAGGAAAAGACGAGGAUUAUAUGAAUCUGUGCGUGUGAGCUGCUGGGGUUAAAACUUCCGCGUUGACAGAUGAGAAAUAAAACCACUGAGACGAAUAAGGCCAAUGUUUUAUUGGGUGAUCUGGUCCAGGAUUCAGAAUCUGGACCAGAUCCCAGCGGUAGUUGUGCAUGUUUAGUUAGUUUGUUAAGGUGUUUCUAAACCAGCACCAGGCAAAAACACUGAUAGCACUUUUAAAAAAAAAAUUAUUUUAUGACCUCUAUUAUCUUGAGGCGCCCCGAUAAAACUGCACCACACUCUGAACAGACUCUUGCCAACCCCGGUUACGUCCGAAUAGACACGUCUCUUUUAUUCGGUUCUCUCUGAUGGCUGACGCAAACGUUGACCUUAAAUGCCUCAGCCUCAUCCUUAAAAAUGAAGAUACGACGACAAAGUAAAAAUACAGCACCGCCCGCUCUCCAGCUACAAUCUGAGGCUUUAAUGAAAACAUGAAAUCCUCCUCUGGCUCUGACGACUCAACCACUCUGCAAAACUCGUCCACGAUAAAUACUGUAAGUCACAAUAAAAUUUGAACAAACAGAACAAAACAAAAAGUUGAAACUGCCUGCACUGCGCAAGUUAUGGACAGAUCCUGCUGUUCAGAAAGAAAAAAAAUAAUAAUAACAUGGCGGAUAUUUACAGUGAGCAACCCGUCCCAGGUCAAACGCUGGUGUUCUCACGACAUAAACAACGGCGCCGGUUCGCACUUGAGGAACCAUAAAUAAGGAGUGUGUGAAACUUCUUUUUACAUUUCCAAAAUGCCCGACAGAUAUUCACUGAAUAGUUCACAUUUUGUCAUCACAAACCUCGAUGUAUUUCAGCCUACUAUAAAGUAGUGGAUAAAAAAACAAAAAAAAAAAAAAACAAAAAAAAAAAA